CCGGAUCCUGACCCUGAUUGUAUGAAUAAGUAAGCAGGAUGCAAGUGAUUGGGUUAGAUGCUGUGAAGAUUUUUUUUUUUUUUUCCAAGUUAGGAAAAGGGUAAAAAGACAGCCUGGGGGGAAAAGACAAACAGUGCAUCCCCAAAUCCUCCCACUUUCGCUCUUCUCGCAGUCUUGCUUUGCUGCUUCUGCGGCUUUUAAGGUCUGGCGGCAAAGGAAUGUCUGCCCCCCACCCGCGACCGCGGACCCCACUUUCAGCUCAGACGCGCUGAUGUGAAGACUGGUCUUGUCCUCCCAGAGCGGCACCGGGUCUAGGUGUGGGGUGCACGCGGGAUCUGAGCCCGAGAACCUGAGCCUAGGGCAGCCGAGCCUUUGAGUUGCUGAAAGGACGGCCGCCGGGAGACAGCCUGGCCGCGCGCCCGCCCGGACCCGCUCCCUACCUGCCCCCGCCCGCCACCUCGCCCGCGCCGGGGGACAGGUCGCCCUGCCCUCUCUCCGCCCGGCGGCGCCCCAUGUCCCCGGACACCUGAGCGCCCGCCGCGCCAAGGAGCCUUCCGCGGGGACAGGAACCGGUGUCCUUCUUCGAGAGGAAGAUGGGGCUGGAGAGGCUUUUUCCGGGGAUGCUCGCGUGGCUGGCGGCCACGGGGGUUGUCCUCUGCGCGGAACUGGGGGUCUGCGCUGGCCUCGACUAUGACUACACUUUCGGUGGCUACGGAGAGGAUGAGGCAGAGGCGCUGGACUACAAGGACCCGUGCAAAGCCGCUGUGUUUUGGGGUGACAUUGCCUUAGAUGAUGAAGAUUUAAAUGUCUUUCAAAUUGAUAGGACAAUUGACCUUACACAGAACCCCUUUGGAAGAUUUGGACACACCACAGGUGGAUUUGGAGACCAUGGGAUGUCAAAGAAACGAGGGCCCCUCUACCAACUUAUAGACAGAAUAAGAAGGAUUGGCUCCGGCUUGGAGCAAAACAACACAGUUAAGGAAAAAUUACCACUGAAAUUCUCAGGGCAAAGUGAGAAAAAUAGAGUUCCCAGGGCUGCUACAUCAAGAACUGAAAGAGUGUGGCCUGGAGGUGUUAUUCCUUAUGUCAUAGGAGGCAACUUCACUGGCAGCCAGCGAGCCAUGUUCAAGCAGGCCAUGAGGCACUGGGAAAAACACACAUGUGUGACUUUCAUUGAAAGAGGGGAUGAAGAGAGUUACAUUGUAUUCACAUAUAGGCCUUGCGGAUGCUGCUCCUAUGUAGGUCGGCGUGGAAACGGGCCCCAGGCAAUCUCUAUUGGCAAGAACUGUGAUAAGUUUGGAAUCGUUGUUCAUGAACUGGGUCACGUGAUAGGCUUCUGGCAUGAGCACACGCGGCCAGACAGAGAUAACCAUGUGACUAUCAUACGGGAAAACAUCCAGCCAGGUCAAGAGUACAAUUUUCUGAAGAUGGAGCCUGGGGAAGUGAACUCGCUCGGAGAAAGCUAUGAUUUUGACAGCAUCAUGCAUUAUGCUAGGAACACCUUCUCAAGGGGGAUGUUUCUGGAUACCAUUCUCCCCUCACGUGAUGAUAAUGGCAUUCGUCCAGCAAUUGGUCAGCGAACCCGCUUAAGCAAAGGAGAUAUUGCACAGGCAAGAAAGCUGUAUAGAUGUCCAGCAUGUGGAGAAACCCUGCAAGAAUCCAAUGGCAAUCUGUCCUCCCCAGGAUUUCCAAAUGGCUAUCCGUCUUAUACACACUGCAUCUGGAGAGUCUCUGUGACCCCAGGAGAGAAGAUUGUUUUAAAUUUUACUACAAUGGACCUAUACAAAAGUAGUUUGUGCUGGUAUGAUUAUAUUGAAGUAAGAGAUGGGUACUGGAGGAAGUCACCUCUCCUUGGUAGAUUCUGUGGGGACAAAUUGCCUGAAGUUCUUACCUCUACAGAAAGCAGAAUGUGGAUUGAGUUUCGCAGCAGCAGCAAUUGGGUAGGAAAGGGCUUUGCAGCAGUCUAUGAAGCUAUCUGUGGAGGUGAGAUACAUAAAAAUGAAGGACAGAUUCAGUCUCCUAAUUAUCCUGAUGACUACAGGCCAAUGAAAGAAUGUGUGUGGAAAAUAGCAGUGUCAGAAGACUGCUACGUUGGCCUGAUCUUUCAGGCCUUUGAGAUUGAAAGACAUGACAGUUGUGCCUAUGACUACCUAGAAGUUCGAGAUGGAACCAAUGAAAGUAGUCCUUUGAUAGGACGUUUUUGUGGUUACGAUAAGCCUGAAGAUAUCAGAUCUACCUCCAAUACCUUGUGGAUGAAGUUUGUUUCUGAUGGAACUGUGAACAAGGCAGGGUUUGCUGCCAAUUUUUUUAAAGAGGAAGAUGAGUGUGCCAAGCCUGACCGUGGCGGCUGUGAACAGCACUGUCUGAACACGCUGGGCAGCUACCAGUGCUCCUGUGAGCCCGGCUAUGAGCUGGGACCUGACAGAAGGACCUGCGAAGCGGCCUGUGGUGGACUUCUCACGAAGCUGAAUGGCACUAUAACCACUCCAGGAUGGCCCAAGGAGUACCCUCCCAACAAACACUGUGUAUGGCAAGUGGUCGCACCAACACAGUACAAAAUUUCUGUGAAGUUUGAGUUUUUUGAAUUGGAGGGCAAUGAAGUAUGCAAGUAUGAUUAUGUAGAGAUUUUGAGUGGUCUCUCUUCUGAGUCUAAAUUGCAUGGCAAAUACUGUGGUGCUGAAGUGCCUGAAGUGAUCACAUCCCAAUUCAACAAUAUGAGAAUAGAAUUCAAAUCUGACAAUACAGUAUCCAAGAAGGGCUUCAAAGCACAUUUCUUCUCAGACAAAGAUGAGUGUUCUAAGGAUAAUGGCGGGUGUCAACAUGAGUGUGUCAACACAAUGGGAAGCUACCUGUGUCAGUGCCGAAAUGGAUUUGUGCUGCAUGAAAAUAAGCAUGAUUGCAAGGAAGCUGAGUGUGAACAGAAGAUUCACAGUCCUUAUGGCUUCAUCACCAGUCCCAACUGGCCAGACAAGUACCCAAGCAGAAAAGAAUGCACAUGGGAAAUCAGUGCCACUCCUGGUCAUCGAAUCAAAUUAGCCUUUACUGAAUUUGAGAUUGAGCAGCAUCAAGAAUGUGCUUAUGAUCACUUGGAAGUAUUUGAUGGAGAAACAGAAAAAUCACCAGUUCUUGGACGACUGUGUGGGAACAAGAUACCAGAGCCCCUUGUGGCUACUGGAAAUAACAUGUUUAUUCGGUUUGUCUCUGACGCAUCUGUUCAAAGAAAAGGUUUUCAAGCCGCACAUUCUACAGAGUGUGGUGGCAGACUGAAAGUGGAAUCAAAACCCAGAGAUCUGUACUCACAUGCUCAGUUUGGUGAUAACAACUACCCAGGACAAGUUGAUUGUGAAUGGCUGUUAGUGUCAGAACGGGGCUCUCGACUCGAAUUAUCCUUCCAGAUUUUUGAAGUGGAAGAAGAAGCUGACUGUGGCUAUGACUACGUUGAGCUCUUUGAUGGUCUUGAUUCAACAGCAGUGGGGCUUGGUCGAUUCUGUGGAUCAGGGCCACCAGAAGAAAUCUAUUCAAUUGGUGAUACAGUUUUAAUUCAUUUUCAUACUGAUGACACAAUCAGCAAGAAAGGAUUUCAUAUAAGAUACAAAAGCAUCAGAUAUCCAGAUUCCACACAUACCAAAAAAUAACCAAAAUCUCCAUCAGAACAUAAAGGAAUGUGUAUAAUGCAGAGAAGAUGUAUUUCUUUUUUAAAUGAAGAUUUUAGCACAAAUAUUUCAUAUGAGUUUGAGCAAAAGAAAACUGCAAGACCAGAAUUAUCUCUGUACUACAAGAGAAGUUUCCAGCUAACCCUGAUCAGCAUUACCAGGAUAUUUGAACUCCAUUCUUGACAGUAUAAAUAUAAAUAAAGUUGGUGAAAGGGCAUCAUGAUUCAAAGAAGACUUCACAAUUCUUUGUUCACAGCACAACACAGAUGCUUUACAAUUCAAAUUGUUCCUUUCAGGGUCUGUGACGCUGCAGAGUGUUCUUUUUGACAAUUUCUCAGUAUAUGGGAGAAAUAAAAUGAUCUUACAGGUUAUAAACUGGAAAACCCUCUCCUCGAAUCUUAGGAUAAUUGCUUUGACUGUGCAUCUUGAAGACAAUGUAAACCAGAUCCAUAUAAGUUGUUGUGAAGUGGAAGUCUUUUAAGGGUGGUUUAUACUUUAAAUAUGGGUAUGACCAGUGUUUGGAAACUGGAAUAUUUCAGCUUCAUUAUUUUCACUUGCAGGCUAAAUUUACCUCUUUGAAACGUAAACAAUCUUGAAACCAUUUCAUUUUCCUGACCUUUGACAAGUUUGAAAUGUCAGUAGUGUCUACCAUUUAGCUAAUUCUAAACAUAAUUUUAUCUAAGUGCUGGAAAAUGCCCAGUUUAUCGGUAAACUCAAUUCUUUCAGUGAGAAAUGCUGCCUUUUCACACCAAAUUCAAGAGCCCUUGUGAUGUCUUAUGAACCCGAUGAGAUAAUUCCCAACAGGUGUGAACUGGAUCCUUUUAAAGUGACUGCCUAGAUGGCUCAUACUCAAGUUCUACUGCUGCUAUUCUUUCUUUUGUUGUUGAUCUGUUGUAGCUGUUCAUGUUGAUGUUGUCAAGGUUAAUGUUUUCUUGUUUUUUUGUUUUUUAAUGAAAUGAAGUGGGCAAGCCUUGUUAGAACUGAAAAUUUUCUUUCUCUUCCUAGAAUUCAGGUUUUUAAAAUGUAAUGUUGUAAAAAAAAAAAAGAAAGAUUUGUUUCUGAAAGACUUUCUAUGGUGCUAUUCCAUAAACAUUUUUUUUAAACAAAGUUUUUGACCUUUGAGCCAACCACCUGUAGACUACAAACGUCUCUGUCUGGCUGGUAGCACUUGAAGACUAAAGACUUGCUAAAUGUAUCAAAAGUAUGUUGUUGCAAGGGUAGCACUUGUCCUGUGGAACAGCUGCUUAUAAUGCCUUAGAAUUAUUUUGAAUGAUUGAGCAGAUCCUCCUAAGAGACACACCUUUUUUGAAAAGUUGAGUAUAGUAGUGUACGUUAGUUAGCAUCUCUAUGAGGAAAAUUAAUUUCUGUGACUGAGAUCUUUAGAUAUAAAUAUGGUGACCUACUUUUAUUGUAGAAAAUUAAUUUUCUGCUUUAAAGCCAGGAUUUUUUUUAAUAUUAAUGUAUGUAUAUAUGAAAUUGUCUGAAUGAGUGAAGCUACAAGAAAGUGAUGAGUAGUGGGUGGCUGAAAAGUUUAAAUUUACAUGCCAAGUUCUGCUAGAAUCUUGUUUGAAGUAGCAACUUUCAUAAGCUGUUUCAUGGACAAAUAAUGGGAAUUUCUCAUUAUUAUCAAUCCCAUUUUAAAAAAGGCUCCUUCCUUCAGAGAAACUCUAUUUUGAUAUUUUUUUAUGUUGAUAUAGAUUGCUGUAUGAAGUAGCUUUGGUUCUGUUGUCUGUCCAUGAACAUUCAAUAUUUAAUAAAAUUGAAAAUCUUUCUUCAUUUUACAAUAUUAAACUAUACACACAGAUUUAGCUUGUUUUUUUUUCCAUUGUUGCCUUGAAAAUCUUUUAUUGUGUAUGAAUUGUAUUAUGUAAAUACAUUUUUAAAAAUAAUCUUUUGAUCUCAUGGAACAUUACUUUGGAAAUGUAUAAAUAUUGCCUGCAAUAUAAGGAGCUUUUUAGUGGAGCUGAUUUAUUCCAGUAACUUCUAUAUUUUUUUUCACCAAUCUCCAGUAAGCCAAAAUAUUGGGAAUAGGAAAGAGAGGAGAAAAGAAAAAAACAUUAAAACCUGGUAUACCAUGCUGUGCCCAGCCCAGUACUAAGCACAUACACUAGCUCUUUUAACUUCAUGCAACCCUUUGAGAACUGUGGUAAUGGUCUCAUUUUAUGGUUUAGGAACUGAGGCUCAAAGAAAGAAUAUAAUGUUCCCAGGGUUACAGUGUAAAGUUAGAUGUUAAAACUCAAAUUGUCUGAUAUAAAACUCUGUACUUAUUCUAAAAAUGUAGUAGAAUCAAUCUUGACAUAUAUAUAUAUAUAUAUAUAUACACACACAUACACAUAUACAUAUAUAUAUAUAUAAGAUAUAUUUUUAUGCUGAAACUUUCUACAUAAAGUCAGUUUUAGAGGUGAGUUACAGUAGAACUUUCUAACCAAGAAUAAACUUGGUUACUUUCAGUAAUAGCAUGAAAAUUAAAAUAUCAACUGUAGAUGUCUUUAAGAACCACAGUUAAUGCUAGAAAAUUAAAAAACAAAAAAAGCUACUAUAUAGUUUGGAGUUAGUAACUAUGGGCCUUUUGUUAAAAUAAGUACAUUAAAUUAUUUUAUCUGAUGUGGUGGGGAAAAUGUAGUGCUUUUAAGAAAUACUGUGGAUACUCUGGUUGAUAUCUUAUAAGGUUUCAAUGAGCUGCCCUCACACAACUGGGAAGUAAAAUAUUUAGAAGGCACACUCAAAGAGGUUGUCAUAACUUAGGUCUUCAAUGGGAACAUUAAUUUUUUAUUAUACCUUUUGUAUGCUAUCUGCUCACUGCAUAUUAUUUUUAUAUUAAUUCAACUUUGGCUUAGGUGUAUUGUUAAAUUCAAACACAAACAGCUUCAUUGUUAUUGUGAUAAUAAUGGUUAAUUACUGUUCUAGGCAUUUUAUUAGCUUUUGUAAAUUUAUUUUCAACCUUUGCAUCAACUUCUACAUUAGUCUUGGUUCUGUUAAUACUGUUUGCUGAAGUUCUAAUUCCUAUAAAAUCCUCACUGACUUUACAUAUAAAAAUUUGCUCCCACUUAAUAUGAUUUUAUUAAAUUAUUUUUAAAAGUCAAUUGUGACUAUUACUCUAGUUAUUUAGAAGAUCAUGACUUAACAUAACUGCACAAACAAUAUAUUUGAAGAAAUAAAUGAGAAACAGCAGUUCUAUUUCCAAAAUUCCUAAGUGUCCCCUGCCUGUACUGACUGAAUUUUUGCUACCUUGGAUUAGUUUUAGUAUACCACAGUAUCAGAUUCAAAUUCUGUUUAAUUUUUUUUAAUACAUUAGUCUUUUGAUUAUUAUUUUUUCUAUUUUUGAUAACAAGGCUCAAAUAAUGAAAUUUUAUUCUCAUAUGUAGAAAAUCUCUGAAAGCAUUUAUUAUUCCUCACAAGGGUAAAUUUUUUAAAAAGAAGCAUUGAAUUAUCAGUUUGUUUAAAAUUGAUAAACUACAGCCAUGUGCAAAUUAAAAAGGACUUUCAGUUAAAACAAUAUCAAAAUGUUUGGAAAUUUUAUUUAACUAUAAUUUUAUUUAGCAAGAGUAUUUUGGAUAAAAGAAAACCUUUAAUACCAUUUAUUAAAUCCAUCAUGGGAGGAAGAAAAUAGGAAAAAUAAAUUACCAUGUAAAGAUCUGUAACUUGAACUGCAGUGGUACUUUUUGUUUGAUAAGAAAAAAUAGAUAACAUGACCUUACCACAAAGAAAGAAAAGGUGCUUUAUGAAUACAUUUUUACAUUAGUGCAUAGUAAAUGGUUAUAAAUGAAUAUUUUCUUUUUAGUCUUUUAUUUUUAUUGUUAUAAAAUUGAUAAAUUUUGUCAUUAGCUUAGGAAAUGAAAAGGCUGGCUGCUAUACAUGGUAAAAUACUAUUUGUCACCAAACUUUGCUUUGACAUGUACUUUUUAAAUUGUCCAGCUUUGAACCUAUGUUCUUUCCACUCCCUGCCAGUGUCCUCAAACUGAAUUCAGGUUUACAAUGUAAUUCUAGUCAAUACCAUGACAUCUACCUGGUGCAGAGGUCAAUGCAUGUUGGUUCCAAACACUGUUUAAGACCCUGACCCUGUCUCAUAUAUAUAAUCCCCCUCUCAUCCAAUAUUUUGAAUAAAAAGUCAAUGAAAUAAAUCUCAGCUUCUAACUUUGGAAGACAUGUAUGUAGAAAUAUACUUUGGUUAAAGUCUAUGAAAACAGAAGCAAGCACUAAAUAUGCAUCAUGAGACAUGUAGCUAGAAGGACCUGGCAGCUGGGUCUUCUCCUGCUUUUACUGAAGUGGCAGGAGGGGUCUAUUUAAAGGAGUGCCAUUAAAAUUAUUUAAACACAAGAACACCUGGAAAGGACAAAUAGAGUGAAAGGAUUACAGAUAAUGAGGCUUCAAUAUGUCAAUCUAUCCUAAAACAAGUAUAAUUAAAAAUUAAAUUACAGAAAAAAAUUUCAAAGGAAUAUAAUAAAUUUGUUAAAGUCACUUUUAUACCACUCCAUGUCUAUUAGUUGUGUUUGAAUUUCAUGGGAAUAAAGAGUCUCUUAUAA